AUGUCUGCCACGCUGCACACAACGGUCGGAGACCUCAAGAUUGAGGUCUUCUGCGAGAGUGUCCCCAAAACUGCUGAAAACUUCCUCGCGCUCUGUGCCUCUGGCUACUACGAUGCAUCGCCAUUUCACCGUCUGAUUCCCGGCUUCAUGGUUCAAACAGGCGGCCCAGCAUACCCUUCACCUCCCGAGAAUCCCAAAGGUGGCCGGUCCAUCUGGGGCGAACCUUUCGAGGACGAAAUUCGACCGGCCUUACGCCACAGCUCUCGCGGCGUCAUUUCCAUGGCGAAUAAGGGUCCCGGCACCAACGGUUCACAGUUCUUCAUCCUCUUCGACAAGGCGCCACAUCUUGACGGUCUUAAUACCGUCUUUGGCCAUUUGAUCGGCGACGAGAGCACCGCUACCCUAGCCAAGAUCGAGGCUGUUGAGGUCGACAAGAAGAACCGACCAAAGGACCCAAUCCGAAUUGAGAAGAUCACCAUCCACGCCAACCCUCUUGCCGGCUGA